CAGAUGAACAUUCAGCAAGUGUUCAGCGAGGAGUUGAUUCAACAAUCUCUAGGAGACCUUGCGAUUCUUCCGUCUGAGCCCGGUCAGCUCUCUUCAUCUUCCUCCGACACUUCGCCUCGUCUUCUCGCUCAAUCAAGUCCUCCCUUCGUCAUGCAACCCUUCAACUUCGCUGCAGCUCCAAGAACAGCUCAUGAGGAUGAAGCGAUGAGAAGAGCAAUGCUCGCCGUCAUUAUUUCUUCCAAGGACAUGCCGUCGCCGUUGCUCCUCAACCAACAAACAAUUAGAAAUCCGAUCGGAGCAUUCCGGCCUUACUACAACAAUCCAUCGACUGCUCCUGAAGUGGAACUCGAGCCCAAUUGGCACGGCCAGAGAAUGAUCAAGAUAGCACUUCAUAUGCUUAGGAGAAUAAGCGUGAUGAAAUCGCAAGCACAAGAGCACCAGCAGCCAACGAGAAGCCACUCGCACCAUGUCAUAUCGGAGCGAAAGCGCAGGGAGAAGCUCAACGAACAGUUUAAUGCUCUCAAGGCGCUGCUUCCGCUUGAACCGAAGAUCAAGAAAGACAAGGCGACCCUGCUCGUGAACACCAAGAACUACUUGAACCUUUUAAAGGCUCAGAUCAAGGAACUCGAGGAGAGGAACCGUGUGCUAGAAAUGCAAGUCCUCCAAGUACCUAGAAACGACGAAGUCGAUGCGUUGAUUGCCGAUUCAGACGAAAGAAUUCAAAUUCAAGUUAUUCGAUUGCCUGAGUCCACAUCAGAAGCACAGCAGAUUGAUCUGCAGGUGGUGGUGAAGGAAGAAUGCGAUAUGAUUGACUGGGUUAUCCGUGUCCUUGAAUGCCUCAACGAGAGGACAGCUGGAAUAACAUUGGUGUCCAUGGAAACAAGAACCGUCUCGUCUCAGAACAAUAUAUUUGGAAGAGGACGUUUCAGGCUACAAAUACUGGUACUUACGCUAGCCUGAAUCAUGCAACAUAUAUAAAUUAACAUUG